GGGGCCGGGGCCUCUGCGGGCCCCGCGCGGGGCCACGCCGGGCGGGCCGGGCCUCACCCCCGUCUCCCUGCAGGCGCGGCGGCAGAAUGACACGAUGGCGGCGGGCGGCGGCCCCCUCCUCCCCGACAGCGUCCUCUACGAGAUCUUCCUCUACCUGGACCACGCAGACGUGCUGGCGGCGGGGCUGGUCUGCCAGCAGUGGCGCGCCGUGGCCCGCGACGAAUUCCUCUGGAAGGAGCUUUUCUACCGCUACUACCGCGUCUCCCGGGAGGUGCCGCGGCACCCAGCUGCUGUCUCCUGGUAUGAUGAGUUCCAGAGGCUCUAUGACACCAUCCCUUGUGUGGAAGUGCAGGCCCUGAAAGAGCACAGUGACCAGGUUCUGCAUCUCAGCUUCUCCCACUCAGGCUGUUUGUUUGCAUCAUGCUCCAAAGACUGCACUGUCAAGAUCUGGAGCAAUGAGUUGGACAUCUCCCUGCAGCACAGCUCCAACAUGAGACCGUACAACUGGAGCUACACACAGUUCUCCCAGUUCAACUCUGAUGACUCCCUUCUUCUGGUGUCAGGUGUCUUUGUGGGGCCUCACAACUCCUCAUCAGGAGAGAUUGCUGUCAUCAGCAUGGAGAACUUCACACUGCUUUCCAGAGUGAGGAACAAGCCCUAUGACGUGUUUGGCUGCUGGCUGAAUGAAACCAACUUGAUCUCUGGCAAUCUGCAUCGGAUCGGGCGCAUCACCUCCUGUUCUGUGCUGUGGCUCAACAACGCUUUCCAGGGCGUAGAGUCAGAGAAUGUGAAUGUAGUGAAGAGACUGUUCAAAAUCCAGAACCUGAAUGCCAGCACUAUCCGGACCGUGAUGGUGGCUGAUUGCAGCCGGUACGACUCCCCGGACCUGCUCCUGGACUAUGAGGAGCAGCUCGCUGCUUCCUCCACCUGCCCGGUCUUUGAUCUUGGCAGUGACAGCGAGGAAGAGGAGGCCAAGCCCAAGCAGACUGUGGAGCCAGCAGUACAGGAGCCCCCGGCUGCCGGGGGUGUGACAGCAGAGGCCGGGCUGCAGCAGCUCUUUGAUGAUAUCAUGGAGGGCCGUGUCAGGCCUGCCAUGACCGAGACAGAGCUGGAGACAAAGGUGGCUGAGCUGUUCGUACGCAGCAGAACUAAACCGCCCGAGCUGAACCUGCUCUCCACAGACAGCAACAGCAAGACAAAAUACUUAAUCUUCACCACAGGAUGCCUCACCUACUCCCCACACCAGAUAGGGAUUAAAAGGAUCCUGCCCCAUCAGAUGACGACUGCUGGGCCAGUGCUCGGGGAGGAGAGGCGCUCAGAUGAGUUCUUUGACUCCCUGGAUCAUGUCAUUGACAUCCAUGGGCACAUCAUUGGCAUGGGCCUCUCCCCUGACCACAGGUACCUGUACGUGAACAGCCGUGCCUGGCCCCGGGACUGUGUCAUCUCCGACCCGAUGCAGCCUCCCCCCAUUGCCGAGGAGAUUGAUCUGCAUGUCUUUGACCUGAAGACAAUGAAGGAGGUGAAAAGGGCCCUGCGUGCACACCGGGCCUACACACCCAAUGAGGAGUGCUUCUUCAUCUUCCUGGAUGUCAGCAGGGACUUUGUAGCGAGUGGGGCAGAGGAUCGCCAUGGCUACAUCUGGGACCGGCACUACAACAUCUGCCUGGCCAAGCUGCAGCACGACAACGUGGUGAACUCGGUGGCGUUCAGCCCCGUGGAGCAGGAGCUGCUCCUGACGGCCAGCGAUGACACCACCAUCAAGGUGUGGCGUUCCCCCCGCACCGUGCGCAUCCAGCAGGCCAAGAAGCCCAAGCCCAGAAAACUGCUCUUUUCCUGGCUCAUGAACCAGAAAAGCUGAACCCAGGUACACGUGCUCCUGCAGCUUCUCACUGCAUCCACGUCCUCCGGAGCUUGCAGAGCUUUGAGCCCUGCACAACAGAGACGAGCUCUGGGCACACAGAUCCCAUCUGCUGAGUCAGGAAGGGACUCCGGCGGCAGGAACUGCUUCCUUCUCGGAGCGUUUGCUUCCAAGUCAGAAUGUAAGAGCCGAGGGUCCGUUCUGGGGCCUGGUGGGCAGCAGCCCAAGCUGGUCACUGCAGGGUGGGAGCUCCUCACAGCUUCUCACGAACGCUGCUACUUGGUCACAGCUCGCUCUGGGUGAGCUCUGGUCUCUUGAGAACAGACUGAGCCCGUCUCCAUGUUUGUACUGUGUGAGCCUGGGAUGUGGCUGGCCUUGCCGAGAGCUGCUGGCUGCAGAGCACUGGGCAGGAGGCAGGUACAGUGCUGUGCUGCCUUGCUGCAGGGCUCUUUUAAUGUAGUACUUUUAUUGAUGUUUGUUUGUCCCAAACCUCCACAGACAACUCAUCUGGCUGCUCGGUGUGCUGAGUGCCUCCUCCCACUCCUCCCACACCACAUCUCAGCCCCGGAGGGCAGCAGGGACUGGGGGGCAGAGAGAAGGGAGGUGGGGUUGGGGGUCCUGACUGGCAUUCCAGGCAGCCCCCAGGGACGCAGCCAGUGCCCUAUUGAUGCCUUGUGUACCUACGUGUUGGUGUCACCAACUGCGAGAGUGGAGAGGUUUGGUGGUGACAUGGUGCUGGCUUUGCCUCUGUCCCCCUCUGCUACUGUAGCACUUACAGGAGCUGUGCUACUGGUAAGGUAUUUAUUCAAGGGGAUCUGCUGUCCCUUCCCAAGGGGCAGCCAUGUGGAUGGCUGCUGGGAUUGGGGUCUCCUCCCUCCCAUGCUACUCCAGCCAUGGCACUUUAGGUUCUCUUGGUGUGUUCUCCCUGAGGAGGUGCAGGCAGCCCUGGGUGACAGGGCACACUGCCCUGCUCUGCCUGAAGUGACAGUGAAUAAACUUCCUUCUACCUGGGAUGACUUGUCAGGGAUUGGAUGCUCUGCUCCUCCUGGGUUCCCCUUUGAGGGUGGAGCUGCCUCACUUGAAGUGAUUAUGGACUCGGUGGUGUUUACUCUGUCCCUGAAGCUCUUCUCCCUCCAUCAGGUACCCAAAUGUAAAAGUAAAAUUAAGUUCCUGAUCUUGACUUGGCUGGUACAGCCAGGGCCAGUGGUGAGCCCAGGAGCUGCUGUUGCUGCUGGGAGCUGGGCUUCAUCUGGGAGGAGCUGGCACCCAGGCAGGGGCUGUAGAUGAUGUUUGGGACUCCCCCAAGAGCAGCAGGGACAGUUGUGCUAGUCACAGCCUUGGGUUGCAGAUAAACCCAACAGAGGCAGCAGAUACUGUCUUGAUAUGCACUGAUGGCUUUAACAGCUCCUGUGGCCCAUGGCAGGAGGGUUUGUACCCUGGUUCUGCUGUGCCUAGGCUGGUGCCUGUGGCUUUAUCCAAAACCCCCAUACUCAGGUUUUUGUCGUCAUGGGACUUCCAGAAACAAAGGAAUCCUUUGUGUGUGUGUGCACAGGAUCCACAUCCAGCUCUGUCCAGUCACACAGCAGAGGAACAGCCUCUACCUUUCUCCCUCCACCCCAAGAGUGUGAAAUCUCUCCUCCCUUGGCUUGGGGUUGUAGUGCACAAGGCAGUGAGGGUUUAUGUUUGUACCGAGUUCUGCUCUUCACUAUGGCAUUGAAUAAAUAUUCUGCUAAAGCA